GAGUGUGUCACCAAUGAACCACAGCGAUAAGUAGUACUUCUGGUGCAUCGAGUACACUCGGACACACACACGCUCUCACACACACUCUAGGGUUAGAGCUCUAUACGAAUCAAAGACUUAUAGGAAUCAGCUGGCAGACGUCUGAUGGAGCCGGAGAGGAUCAGAGAGGGAUACCUGGUUAAGAAGGGUACUCUGUUGAACUCGUGGAAGGCCGUGUGGGUCGUUCUCAGUGAUGAUGGACUGGAGUUCUACAAGAAGAAGACGGAUGACACUCCCAAAGGGAUGAUCCCACUCAAGGAGGCCAAGCUCACAAGCCCUUGUCAGGAUUUCAACAGGAGACAAUUGGUAUUCAAGGUGACCACGGUGAAGAACCAGGAGCACUACUUCCAGGCCACCCACCUGGAGGAGAGGGAGGCCUGGGUCAAGGACAUCAAGCGGGCCAUCAGCUGCCUGCAGGGGGGCAGGAAGUUUGCCAGGAAGUCCACGCGCAAAUCCAUACGCCUGCCCGACACCGUCAACCUCAGUGAACUUUAUGUUUUAAUGAGAGAUCCAGACAGCGGGAUUAAAGAGAUGAGGCUUGAGAAAGAAAAGAAGAUCUACAACCACUGCUUCGCUGGUGGUACAGUGGUGGACUGGUUGAUGGCCCAGGAGAAGGCCCGUAACCGGGCAGAGGGCCUGAUGUUGGCCACUGGGCUGCUGAAUGAGGGCUUCCUACAGCCAGCUGGGGAGAUGUCCAAGGCUGGGGCCGAAGGGGGCACAGAGUCAGUCCUACUGGACCAGCCGGAUGCCUUCUACUACUUUGCAGACAGUGGUUUCUUUUGUGAGGGGUACUCCAGCGACGAGGAUGUGCUUAUAAAGGACGAAUUCCGAGGGUCUAUCAUCAAACAAGGAUGUCUGCUCAAACAGGGACACCGAAGAAAAAACUGGAAAGUUCGAAAGUUUAUUCUCAGAGAUGAUCCUGCAUAUCUUCAUUACUUUGAUCCCACAAAAAAUUGUGAGGACCCCCUCGGCUCCAUUCACCUGCGUGGAUGUGUAGUAACCGCAGUGGAGUACGUCCCUGAUGCUAAGAAGUAUGAUGUGGACGGAAACCUCUUUGAGAUCAUCACCUCAGAUGAGGUACACUACUACCUCCAGGCCGCCGCACCAGACGAGCGCAAGGACUGGAUUACAGCCAUCCAAACUGUGUCAAAGACUGGGAAGUAGCCGAAUCAGGAUGGACCCAUAUCACUAUACACAUACAUGCCAUCAUUUUACAGUAUACGGUAUGUGUGCAACACAUACCGUCAUUUUACAGAAUACUGUAUGUGGACAAGGUCUCCUCACAAUACAAAAACACAAGUACGCUAUGAUACACAAAAGAAAUGGACUUCCACACGCACACAUACAAUUCUGAGGAAAAUGUCUGCACUCUUAAAUCCUUGAGACAUGUGCCUUCUGUCUUAGCUAUUUAUAAAUAGAACAUUUGUUAAAGAACUGUCUGUCUUAUGUCAAUAUAUUCUACUAUGUUCUGAAGUAUUUCAAACAGCACAGUAUUGGACAUUUUAAAAUAUCUAUGUCUGCAAUUCCUCCUUAGUCAUUUUUUGUUGAAUUAGAAAAAAAACAAAGCUGGUAUUAGCAUCAACCCUUUGUGUCCUUUACUUUCACUUAGGAACUUAUCGUAAGAGGCCAAGACAAAAUAUUGUUAACAGUUAGCAUACUGUAGGCCUACUAUUUUAAUACAGCCAUUUCCUGUUAACACAUAUCAUUUCCUGUGUUCUGUCUCGGUCUUGUCACUCACUGGUUUACAUGAGGACUGACUUCUACCCACCACAAUGCAAUUUAUACACACUGAACUAUGAGCGUCGCUUCGACUCCUAAUGCGUUCACAACAAGGGUUUCAACAAGACUGAAUAUGCAUGCACCACACAUGUAUGUUUCAUACAGUGCAUGCAUACUAUGUAUGAGGCAUGACACAAACACACAGUGGUAGUUAAUUUGUCGUUAUCGCUUACAGCAGGGGUAUUCAAUUAAAUGUCAACGAGGACCAGUUUUUCAAAUUCCUUCUAGUAAAGGGACAGAACUACACAUAUAUAUUAUGGUUGCCGACUGUCAGUGUAAAAGAUACAGGACACUUAUUGAGGUGGGGGAUCUGGGGGUCCUCCCCCAGAAAGUUUUGCAUUUCUUAGGUGUAAUUUCCUGCAUUUUAAUGUCCUUCAGCUUGAUACAGAACCCUUACUUUUAUAUCUAAGUUCCAAAAAAAACAAUAUUUCAAGGGGCUUGUGGGGGGCCAGAACCUUGCUGCCCAAGGGCCGCAUCUGGCCCCAGGGCCGCCAUUUGAAUAGCCCUGGCUUACACCUUACUAAUACUAUCUAUCCCUACAUGCCACUCACAUUCUGAGAUUGACUGAGCAGUCACUGCACAGUGUACUUCAGUGGUUCUUAACUGGUAGGUCAGGUCGGAGGGGUCCUGGGUGGGUCGCGAAGCUGUGGUGUAAAAAUGUAUUCAUUCACCCAUUCAUUGUCAGGCACAAAAUUGAAACAAGAUGCGUGAUUGAAUAGAUAACUGUGAUGUCGAGGAGAGAGUGAAACAUAGUUAAUUCUCCUCUUCACUACUUGAUAGACAUGUUGUAUCAACAAUAAUGUUAGCCAAUAUAUUGUAAAGAAAAAAGACAGUGAUUGCAUUUUGCUUGUGUUUGUCUUACAUUUUGUUUAUAUUUGCUUAUACAUUCUUAUCUUAUAUAUUGCUAUAAUAUAAAUAAAAAUC